AUGGGAGAAGAAAAUUAUGAACAGCUAUCCAUCGAUAGAAUCAAUAAGAUUCUAAUGUCUGCAAGAUUCGCUUCGUGUAGUUACGAGUCUGUAGAAAGUUUGAAGCAAUUACAAAAAGAGGUUGAACAAGAAAAACUUGGCCAUCGACCGCACAACGAUAGUUUCAUUAGAAACGAGCAAAAAAUGCUUUUUCGAAGAUUCGAAAACAUAAAAUUUAAGCAUAUUCGGGACGAUGACACAAGUGCAGACGCAAUAAUUUUCCUCGCCACAGAGAAAGACAUCCGCGACCUUGGAUCGAAUCAGAAACCAAAAACUUUCAUCGUUAUCGGAGUCGCUGGAACUUAUGAACUUGGCGACGUUGCUCAAGAUCUGAAAGUCUUCCAGACGAAUUUUGAAGACACGGACGCAAAAGUUCAUAGCGGAUUUUACGCUCAAUUCAAAGCACUAAAAGUCAGAGUCGAGUCAAUUCUUCAAAUAAUCUUGAAGGACAAUUCGGUGGAUGAAAUAAUCAUAACCGGUCACUCUCUUGGUGGCGCUGUUUCUGCAAUGAUCAAGGAGCAUCUGAGAGUCAGAGUAACUAAAGAUCCCAUAACGAAAGUUCCACCGCUAUUCUACUGGUUUAGACAUACGUGCGAAAACGACUCUGCCGAGGAUUUUCCAAUAACUGAUGACAGCAUUUUCUCGAUUCCAACUCAUUCCUGCGUAAACUACAUCGACGAGCUCAAGAAAAUCAAAGGCGGUGUAACGAGGCGAAAGUUCAGAUUUGCAAGACGAAACGCGAAACAUUUCACUGCGUUCCAUGAAAUGUCCGCAUUGGAACGAAUCCGAUGA